GUUGGCAACACUGUCUAGGGUUUGUGGUUUGUGAUUGUAAAUGCAACUGGGUGGGUGGAGCAAGUUUUCUUUUUGGAAAUAAAAUAUAAUCAACAUGUGUGCUAAAAUGGCAUUUCAACAUCAAGCCGGAACGGCAAUGAAGUGUUUAAGUAUUCCUAUUACACUUCACAAGGAAGUAGAUGGGGAUACAAUGAGAUGUGGCUUUAAAAUCGGAGGAGGAAUUGACCAGGACUUCCAUAAAAGCCCGCAAGGAUACACAGACAAUGGCAUAUAUGUGACGGAAGUACAUGAAUCUAGUCCGGCAUCAAGGGCAGGUUUGCGAGUGCAUGACAAGAUUUUGCAGUGUAAUGGAUAUGACUUCACAAUGGUAACCCAUAAAAAGGCAGUCAGCUACAUAAAGAAACAUCCUGUGUUAAAUUUACUAGUUGCUAGAAAAGGAGUUACAUCUACAUAAAUUUACAUUUUUGAAUGUAUUUGUAGCAUUCCAUUUUUUAAGUUACCAAACAAUUCCAUUUUUAGUUAAUAGUAUACUUAUUCACUGCAUAUCUGUACAAAGAGUUAGAGUAUAUAUGUUCUAUAAGUCUUGUUUUUAUUUUAUUAUUAAAUUUUUAA